GUGAGUGCUCUCAGCCUGUCUCCUCAGUUGUGGAGCAGCUAAUUGAGAAUAUAGCUGCAGCUGGGAGAACCAAGCCCCACCAGCUCAGACUCUUGGAAAAGCAAGAACAAGCCAAGAGACAGCAAAGAAAAAACAGCAACAUCCUCGUAAAACAAGGACUUGACACACCAAAAACCUCCCCCAAAAUUACACUAAACAGCAAACAAACAAACCAAGCAGGACAGAAGCAUGUCAGGAGCAGAGAGAUACAUGGAUGAAUGCUACAGUCACCCAGCCUUACUCCAGGUCUGCACACAAGAAGUUGAAAGUAGCAGUGGAAGUUUAAAGGUGCAGAGGAUGUGCGCCUCUAGGCGGAUACUGCUGCUCGCACUCACCUUCCUGGCAUACACGGUGGACUCCACGUCGGCAUAUGGCACUGCUGAAACGCUCUGUGGUGGGGAACUAGUAGACACACUGCAGUUUGUCUGUGGGGACAGGGGCUUCUACUUCAGUAGACCCGUGGGACGAAAUAACAGAAGAUUCAACCGUGGCAUAGUGGAGGAGUGCUGUUUUCGGAGCUGCGACCUUGCUCUUUUGGAAACGUACUGCGCAAAGUCUGUUAAGUCUGAGCGGGACCUCUCGUCCUCUUCUCUUGUGGUCCUACCAGCACUAAGCAAGGAUAGCUUUCAAAAACCUUCACAUGCCAAGUACUCCAAAUAUGAUGUGUGGCAGAAAAAGAGCUCACAGCGCCUACAACGGGGAGUUCCCAGCAUCUUCCGCGCUCGCAGGUACCGGUGGCAAGCCGAAGGGCUGCAAGCAUCUGAUGAAACCAAGGUGCAUCGUCCCCUCAUCUCCCUGCCCAGCCAGAAGCCCCUGGUAGUGCAAGUUUCCUCAGAAACAUCAGGCAACCGGAAAUGAACUGUGAAAUGGAUUCUAUUUUUUUUUUUCAAAUCUCCUGGGGGGACUUUUGAAGCCUAACUUCCCUAGCCCUUAGCCCUCUUGGCUGUGAAGCAAGAGGGAUAUUGCCUUUCCACCCAGAAGCAAUAAAAUGGGGGCACUGUAACGCCAAUUUAAAGAGAACCAAACAACUGACAUAGUGAGAAGGGGAUUACAGCAUUGUCAGCAACAACAUAAUUUCUGUGGCAUUGUCCUUUAAGCAUUAAAGUGGUUUUUUUUUAAACUUCUGUUUUGUUUUGUUCCCCUAUCUACCCAGUAUUUUCAAGCCCAUACUUAAAAGGGACCGUUUGGCACUUGAACUAUUUUAAUAUUGGGCAGGGCAUGACAUCCCACGUGCCAGCAGCAGAAGGCAAAAGAAAGAGCAAGAGCAAGAAAAAAAAGAAUAUGAAAUUGAAAAACAGAAGAGUCCAUUCCAUGUCUUUCUUGACAAUAAAGUGAAAAAAAUGGGGCAAAAUUUAUUUGGAGGGGUUACAUUUUUUCUCAUUCCCACCCCACUUUUUUCUUUGGUAUUUUUUCUUAUUUUUGUAAAGAGCAAUUUUUUUUUGCACCUUUACUUAAAAAAAAAAAAAAA